CAGCAUUUUAGAGGUGCACAAUCCUCUCUCUCUCUCUCUCUCUCUACAAAAUAAGCCCAUCAGCAUUGCUUUCUCAACCAACCAUCUCCACCCCCACCUUAUCCAUUUCCUCCCAUCCUUUCCCAUACAAAAUCCCAUUUACUUCCCUCCCACUUAUCUUUGUGGUUCUUCAAAUUAGCAAACCACUCCUCAGAUACCAUCACAGAAGACAAAAAUGGCUACUCUAUCUUCAGCCACCAUUACUGCUACCACAACCACCAUUGCCAACUCUAGGAGGAGGAAAAACAACGUGCACCACUUAACAGGGCUCAACUCUUUUGGUGGGCUCAAGGCUCACAACAGUGUGGCCUCACUAGGCCUUCCUGCAUGCACUGAGCAGUCCUUUGCAAAAGUGGUGAGCUCCCUGAAACUUCCGUCACAAGGCAAAGGCAGAGGUGGAGGAGCUCUAUCUUCUACCUGUAAUGCUGCUGGUGAGAUUUUCAGCAUUGCAGUCAUCAUCAAUGGGCUGGUUCUUAUUGGAGUUGCAGUGGGGUUCGUCCUUCUUCGAAUCGAAGCGUCUGUUGAAGAGGCAGAGGCAGAGUGAGAAUUUUAGAACUUUGGUUGUUUUAUGCUUUUUUGUUCAUCAAGAUUUGUAUCUCCUGAAUUCUUCAAUUGAUGUACAACUGUAUUGUUUUUUAUUUUUAAAACAAAUUAGUAAA